UAAAGGGGUAUGGAUCGGGUAUCCGAUGGGGACUCGAAGGAGCUGAUACGGCAGAUGAAGCAACAGAUUGCGUUGGCAAAUGUCCAGGAGCUACUAGCCAUGGUGACCUGCAAAUGCUUCGAAAAAUGCGUCACGAAGCCCCGCGACCACUUGAGCGGACCGGAGGAAAACUGUAUCCACAUGUGCAUGGACCGAUUCCUCGAUUCUUUUCGUCUCUGUGCGCACACCUACGGACAUCGACUACGGCGCGAGCUCAGCCGUCAACACAGCUGAGAUGGGUAUGGAGCCUUUAAACUGACCUGAGCUGACCUGAACUGAGCUCACAUGAACUAUUACCGGAGUGGUUUGGACCCACUUAACAAUGAUUUCUAUAGUCAAAAUACAUACACACAUUCACUUUA